GAGUCCAUCAUCCAUCGCGGUUCUCUCCCUCUCCCUCUCCCUGAGAAUUACAAGUUGAGUGUUUGAGAGACAAGAAGAGGAAGAGGAAGAAUGGUUCCGACGAGCAAGACCACCCUCGCAUCCCACCUUCCCCCUCUUCUUCCAAUCCUUCCCUUUACUACCCGCUGCUUCUCCAAACCAAAUAUUGUCAGAAGAAACCAUUUCUAUCCCCCGCCGCCGCUUCUUAAAUCUCCGUUCAAGCCGCCUCUCAGAUGCUCCCUCUCUGUGGCCUCCGAGCCCACCCCCACCCAUUUGGAGUUCACAGACAACCAGCUCAAACCAUCUCCAGCCGAGGUCUCAAGAACCAUCAUGGAGUUGUCUUCGGUCGCCACUCUCUCUACCUUGUCCCGGGACGGCUGGCCCUUUGGCGUUGGCGUUCGCUUCGCUGUCGAUUCCCAAGGCACUCCCAUCUUGUGCUUGAACACCCAGUUCCCCCUGUUCGAUGGGGAGAACAAGUCUAGCCUCCAUGUCCAGUUGGAACAGUGUGGGUUGCGCACUCCACAGUGCACGAUUCAGGGCAGCCUUGACAAACCAGAAGAUGGAGUGCUUCUCAAGAAACUUCAUUCCACAUGGAAAACGAGGUUUGGAGAAGAAGUGAAUGAAGAACUUAUAUAUGUUGUCAACGUCAAACGAGUAUUUCAGAUAGAAGAUUUCUCAGAGGAAGGGGUGUGGUUCACCUCAUCAGAUUACAAAAUGGCAAACCCUGAUCCACUAAGGGACUUUGCAGAAAGAGUUGUGGAUGAGAUCAACAGUCACAACACGGAAGAUGUUGAUCGUUUUUGCAACAUCUAUGUUGAUUUGGAUUUCCAGGUAUCAGAGGCCAAAAUGGUUUGGGUGGACCGGUUAGGGUUUGACUUGCGGCUUAGGUCUCUCCAAAAUGAUAUAUUUGAGGUCCGGAUUCCUUUCCCUAGAGAAGUGACAGAUGAGAAGGGUGUAAAAUCAUCUUUCAAUGGUAUGGCCCAACUUGCAUGGGAGGUGGAGAAGAAUUACCUUGCCCCAGAUUUCAAGAAGGUGAAGCAAUUGAAGAAGAUCACAUCUAGAGGACAUUAAGUUGUGACAAUUUGUGUACCUUAUUUUUUUUUGCCGCAGAGUGAGUGUAAUUAAAUUUUGGCCUUCCUCUUCUGUGCUAAAGAUUUGUCUAAGAGAAAAGACCUAAACAAAUUUAACUCAAUGGUAGUGCCAAUUAUUCCACAAGGCAAUGUGGCUUGUUUCAUUGAUUUGGAGUCCAAGAUACUGUAUAUCUUAAAUGUUUUUUGAAAUUGAAAGUUGUUUAUGGGGCUUGGACUUAGAUUUAGUGCCAUGACCCUCUA